AUGUUGAUCCGCACGCUCACUUCUCUUCCGACAUUUACGGCUGUUGCUGGUGCGCUACCCUACAGCUUCGUCCUCGACGUGGACAGUAUCGACGGCGCCGCCAUUGAUGGACCACCAUCUGCACCGCUGCUCUUGACGACGACGGAAGCUUUCGGCUCGCCCACGACCGCACUAUCACCCUUUCCUACCUCAAUCGUAAGCAUGCUUGCCUACGCGCCGGUCCGGCCAGCUAUUGUAACUACUACCGGCGUUGGCAAUACGACACUCACCACCUGCCUCCCAACCACUGUAAUCACCAUCACCCUCCCCAACCCUACACCUCGCCCAACCACCGGUUCUGAGCGCAGCGACGACAGAGAUACCUCUUCCAACGACGAAAACAGCUUGACCGACAACGACUCAGAUGACGCCGCCACGCCGUUCGACACUUCAACCCCGGAGCCCCUCUCAGCAUGGCCACACUGGUUUACAGCCGCGACGUUCACGCUCGUCUUCUACGACGCCAUCACGCUGGGUCUCUUCGUCUGGCUGUGGGUGUUUGGGUACCUGUGGUGGUUUGGCCGAGGCCGUGAGACGCGAAUGGGUGGGUGGGUCAGGAGGGGCGCUGUGUCCGAGAGCAUGGAGAUGGCCCCCACACUGGACAGGCACGGGCGGUAUGAGAGGACUUCGGAAUGGGUGGGGUCUGGGCGCAGCAGGUAUGGGAGGGCGAGGAGCCGGAGCUGGGAGCGGGCGAGGAGUUUGAGGGAGGCGGAGUUGGAGAGCGAAAUGAGGAGAUUGGGUAUGAUUUAG